GGGCCGCCGAGGCGCAACGAGGCCAUGGCGCGCGUGGAGGUGGCGGUGCUGUGCCUCAUUCUGUUCCUGGCGCUGAGCGGCAACGCGUGCGUGCUGCUGGCCCUGCGCACCACGCGCCACAAGUACUCGCGCCUCUUCUUUUUCAUGAAGCACCUGAGCAUCGCCGACCUAGUGGUGGCCGUGUUCCAGGUGCUCCCGCAGCUGCUGUGGGACAUCACCUUCCGCUUCUACGGGCCCGACCUGCUGUGUCGUCUGGUCAAAUACUUGCAGGUGGUGGGCAUGUUCGCCUCCACCUACCUGCUGCUGCUUAUGUCGCUCGACCGCUGCCUGGCCAUCUGCCAGCCGCUGCGCUCGCUGCGACGCCGAACCGACCGCCUGGCGGUGCUGGCGACAUGGCUCGGCUGCCUGGUGGCCAGCGCACCCCAGGUGCACAUUUUCUCGCUGCGCGAAGUGGCAGACGGCGUCUUCGACUGCUGGGCUGUUUUCAUCCAGCCCUGGGGACCCAAGGCCUACGUCACGUGGAUCACGCUCGCCGUCUACAUUGUGCCGGUCAUCGUGCUGGCGGCCUGCUAUGGCCUCAUCAGCUUCAAGAUCUGGCAGAACCUGCGACUCAAGACGGCGGCGGCGGCGGCAGAGGCCGAGGGGACUGAGGGAUCUGCGGCCGGUGGAGCUGGGCGUGCGGCUCUGGCUCGGGUCAGUAGUGUUAAGCUCAUCUCCAAGGCCAAGAUCCGCACAGUGAAGAUGACCUUCAUCAUUGUACUGGCCUUCAUCGUGUGCUGGACGCCUUUCUUCUUCGUACAGAUGUGGAGCGUCUGGGACGCCAAUGCGCCUAAGGAAGCUUCUGCCUUUAUCAUCGCCAUGCUCUUGGCCAGCCUCAACAGCUGCUGCAACCCCUGGAUCUACAUGCUCUUCACGGGCCACCUCUUCCACGAACUUGUGCAGCGCUUCCUCUGUUGCUCUGCCCGUUACCUGAAGAGCAGCCGGCCUGGAGAGACAAGCAUCAGCAAGAAGAGCAAUUCAUCCACCUUUGUCCUGAGUCGCCGCAGCUCCAGCCAGAAGAGCUGCUCUCAGCCAUCUUCAGCGUGAGCCACCUGCCUGGCUCACCCCUUCUGAGGCAGGGGCUAUGUCGACUCCAGUCUGCCCCCUGGUGGCCGUGCAUGGAGCUGUAUAAGGUGCCUAUGGGUGUGUGUCCCUCCACUCCUUGGGGUGGCUAGAGCAUGGGGCAUAUUCUGACUUGGGGUUGGGGAAGUGUCUCUAUGGGAGAUGACAGUCACUCAGCCAUCAGAGGGUCGCCUAGGCUCCCACUUGUGCUUCUAUUACCCCAGCUGGAGUGCUCCUGGGUGGUGGGUGGGUGGGCUCUCGUGAACCUGGCUUUCAUUCCAUUAUUAUUAUUAUUUCACUUGUUUAUCCUGGGCUCUUGUGAAAGGCAGCAAGCCACAGAUUGGUGACCAGUUUUGUGAGCUGUGGGCUGGGACAAGGAAUGGGAAAUGAGGCUGCAGAUGCAGAGUGGUGCUGGUUUCCUUGUGACCCAAGUUGUGUGGACAGAUCCUAGCAUCCUCAGGGACCAGCCUGUCCCAGGAAAACACUGGGAACUGGAGACUGAACCAUGAGGCCACCUGGCUCAGGAAGGCAAUGAGAACACGGACUGAAAUGUUGAAGAGGCUGAUGCUUGAUAUACAUUUGGGGAGGAAAAGGAAAUGAGAGCCACCCAGGACAGACGGGACUAGGGAGAACUGUUUGUACAUGACACUGACCCAUGCAUAUGAGAUCCUAAGGAACACAUGUAUGCAUAUGUGCACAUGCACACACACACACACACACACACACACACAC